AUGACAUUAGUUGAGUUCAUAUGCAUCGCAAUAUGUUCAGGUCUUCAUCUAAUAGCUAUGAUUGUAUGUGCGUGUACAGUACAAGGUUUUGGCACGGCAAUCGCUGCAGCUGUAUUUUUCGCAAUUAAUUUUCUUCUUUAUGGUGUCGAUGCAUUUUUCUUAUUUGCAUUAUAUCGAGUAAAUGGAGCGUAUCUGCAUGAACAAACAAAUCCAAAUCCAAAUCCACAAAUCACUUCGAAAACGCAUCAAACACCAAUAUAUGAUAAUACCGCAUAUAAUCCGCAAUGA